CCGUCUCUGAGCCCGGCCCUCAUCCACUCACCACAUUCACCAACAAACCUACACGCACACACAGGGUCAUCUGAUUGUAACAUCAGUUGCAAGGGGAUGACAGAGCGCAUUCAUAGCAUCAACCUUCACAACUUCAGCAAUUCUGUGCUCGAGACCCUCAACGAGCAGCGCAACCGUGGCCACUUCUGUGACGUGACGGUCCGCAUCCACGGGAGCAUGCUACGCGCCCACCGCUGCGUGCUGGCGGCUGGCAGCCCCUUCUUCCAAGACAAGCUGCUGCUGGGCUACAGUGACAUCGAGAUUCCCUCAGUGGUGUCAGUCCAGUCUGUGCAAAAGCUCAUUGACUUCAUGUACAGUGGGGUGCUGCGGGUCUCGCAAUCAGAGGCCCUCCAAAUCCUCACAGCUGCCAGCAUCCUGCAGAUCAAGACUGUGAUUGAUGAGUGCACAAGGAUUGUCUCGCAAAAUGUUGGAGAGAUCUACCCGGUGAUUCAGGAUUCUGGCCAGGAGACACCCAGAGGAACUCCCGAAUCAGGCACCUCGGGGCAGAGCACCGACACAGAGUCUGGCUACCUGCAGAGCCACUCACAGCACAGUGUGGACAGGAUCUACUCAGCCCUGUAUGCCUGUUCCAUGCAAAAUGGCAGUGGGGAGCGCUCCUUCUAUAGUGGGGCUGUGGUCAGCCACCAUGAAACAGCCCUGGGUCUCCCUAGGGACCAUCACAUGGAAGACCCCAGCUGGAUUACCAGGAUCCAUGAACGGUCACAGCAGAUGGAGCGGUACCUCUCUACUACUCCAGAAACCACACAUUGCCGCAAGCAACCACGCCCUGUCCGAAUUCAAACCUUGAUGGGCAACAUCCAUAUUAAGCAGGAGAUGGAGGAUGACUAUGACUACUAUGGCCAACAGAGGGUGCAGAUCCUUGAGCGCAAUGAGUCUGAGGAAUGCACUGAGGACACUGACCAAGCCGAAGGCACUGAGAGUGAACCCAAAGGGGAGAGUUUUGACUCGGGAGUCAGUUCCUCCAUUGGUACUGAGCCUGAUUCUGUGGAGCAGCAGUUUAUGACUGGUCUGGGCAGGGAUGGGCAGCAAGAACCUUCUCAAGCAGAUCAAAAUGAUAUCCCUGCUGAUGGCAGUCAGCCUCCGCAGCAGCAGCAGCAGCAUGUGGAUGCCAACUCUUCCUCGCCAGAGAGAAGCAAUGACGUUGAAAUGGACAGCAAAGUGCUCACAGUCAAUAACAGCACCGAAAAGGGGGCUUUGCAGCCUUCUGUCAACACAACUGUUGCCCAACCGUUGCCAACCACACAGAUCUACUUACGCCAGACAGAAUCCCUCACCAGCAAUCUGAGGAUGCCACUGACUCUGACCAGCAACACUCAGGUCAUUGGCACAGCUGGCAACACGUACCUGCCUGCCCUUUUCACCACACAGUCUGCUGGCAGUGGCCCUAAGCCUUUUCUCUUCAGCCUGCCCCAGCCCAUAGCUGGCCAACAGACACAGUUUGUGACAGUGUCCCAGCCUGGCCUGUCAACUUUCACUGCUCAACUGCCAGCCCCUCAGCCCUUAGCCCCAUCUGCAGGCCACAGCACAGCAGGUGGGCAAGGCGAAAAAAAGCCUUACGAGUGCACUCUCUGUAACAAGACUUUCACCGCCAAACAGAACUACGUCAAGCACAUGUUUGUACACACAGCCCUCAGCACAAACAGAAGGGAGAGGCUACCCAGGGAGCUGGUAUCACUGAACACUAAGCUGACUGCAUUGAAGUUGAGCCCCUGUGGACACACCUAGGUCCCACACAGGGGUCUAACUGUACAUGGUGCAGAAACAAGCUCUUUAUGCUUGGAGUAAAAGGUGUCCUGCAUCCAUACAAGGAAAUGGUAAGCACUUGUUUUCCUCUGCUAGCUGGCCAGGCAACACUUAAGUGGCAUGACAAAAUUAUAAUAGAGUCAUCAAAAGAAGAAUGCAUCUACUGUGGAAAAGCUUCCCAGUGCUACAGUAGGGGUUUAGGUUCAAAUGAUGACUGGAAUGACAUUAGGGCAUGUUCAUUCCCGGUGGAGUUGCAGCACUAGGUCCAGGCCUGGGUGUUACACAGAAUGCCACAUAUUUUCUAAAUCUCACAUACAUUUGGAGUUUUUUAGGAAGUUUUUCUGUACUUCUGUACUACUUCUUAAAUGUUUCACCAGCUAGGACUACAGAGACAUGGGACUCAGAAAAAAAAAGAAAGUAAUGAAUGUAGAACACAGCAGCAGCACCCUUUUUCUUUAAAAAAUGUUUUUAGUGUACGAUCUUCUGAGGCAACGUAGGUGACUGCUUUUACUACUAAUCCAAAACUACCUUUUCUGGCUUUGUUUAGUUAUAAGAUUUUAAAUCAAGGAUAUUGUAUCUGUCUACCUAUCUGUUGGUCAUGGAGAAGCUGUCCGGGGUUUAGGGCUAAAUUUUGCUUUCUUUAGCCCUCAUCUCAUUUUGAUUUUGGAAAGAAAUUCCAGUUUAGAGAAAGAGUAAAUAUUUCUCUCACUAACCAGUCUUUUUGUUAACAUCAAAUCUUAAAGUAAAUUUUGGGGUUGUGAUAUAUAGAGUAGAACCUGGAGAAAUUGCCUAAGGUAUGGAAAGAAUGUAAAUCAUGCCUCCCUACUGUAUCAGAUAAAUUUCACUUCCAUUGUAAGUAAACUUUUAACUACUAUUUAUGUAUAAGCAUCACUUAAAUUAAAAAAUCCUUUGGAAAUCUAAGGCAGACAUGUACACACACAUAUAAUUUACAGGAAGGUUCACUUCUCAUGACUGAUAAAAAAUGUAUGGUUGCAAAGAUCAAGAAUCCCGAGUCCCAAAAUUAUCCUUUUGUGUUUGUUUAUGUUCUCUAUCUUUUUGCUAUGGAUAAGUGGCUAAAAUACUAUGUAGAUAAUGUUGUGUUUUUCAGGAAAAUAUCCCAUUAAAAAGACAGUCACUUAUAUCUGCCUGCAUCCUAGUUCUAAGAGCUAGAAAGGCUUUUUUUCUUUCUUUUUUUUUUUUUUUUUAACAAAUAAUUUCACUGAGAUCAGGUGCUUUACCUUCCCCAGUCUCAACUAUGCACUGCAUGCAGUGUUUGGAGUCAGAUAAGGGGUAACAUUGAAAGAUCUGUCUUAAAGUAUUUCUAAGUACUAACACAGUCAACCAAGGUGACUAAGAAGCAAUAGCACCUUGAGCAACAGAAGGCAGAGCUUCCAACAAAACACUCUGAAAAUAAACUUCUUAUGCACAGUCUUGAAGAAGGCUUGUCUGCUGCUUGCCCAUGAUAUAUGGCUCUUGUGAGGAUCCAAGGAAAAUGAGAAAGAUUUGGGAGAUGCAGGUGUUUGAAUUUGUCUUGCUCUCAAGAGAAUUCAUGAGGUAUCUACUCGUAAACCAGAAUUCAACAACCCUUAGAUCUCCCAAUCCCAAUUUUAAGGUUCCAAGACCAAUAUUCUGAUGCAACUUUUCAUGCAAUGAAAGCCCUGUAAUGUAGACACAAACCUACCCCCUUUUCUUCUUUCACAUUGUGUUCCAUGUGAACUGGCGUAAAUGUAUCCCAUGAUGUUCUUGGAAGUUAGUGUUCUGGAAACACAGUGGUAGAACAUUUGCAGUGACCUGCACCUUAUAAACCGUCAUUGCCUUCUCCUGUAUGCUACACAUUAAUAUUGAAUAACUUUCUCAUGUUAUUGGCUAAAAGCAGUCGAAUAUAAAGUAAAGAACCAAAAGGAAGAACAUAUGCACCUAAUUGAUGGAACGCCUGAUUUCAAGAGGAAGAAUCAUGGGAACAAAGUUCCCAAAUCUACAGUGGGAAAAGGCAACAAAGUGAUUACUUAAGGAACACGUAAAUUGGCAUAUAAAAAAGAAAAUCUAAAAAGUUUUAAGAUUUUUAGGAAAGAACUCCCAGGAAGGCUUUGAAGCUAAGAUUAGAAAAAAGCCAGAACCCAGCAUAUCUUAGAAAUAUGUGCAGGCAAAAAUGAGGGUGUUUUUAUAGCAUAAACUUAACAAGGUCUAGAGCAGAGGAGACUGACUUAUUACAAACUCUGGGAGAUAUGUUGCCUAAGGCAAAAAUGAGCACUGUAAAUGUAAUCAGUCUCUUGUAAAUUAGCCUGACAUGAUUAUAGCUGACACACUAUCGUUUCCUACAUAACACGUCAAGUAUAUUAGCCUGUCUAUGCUCAUCACACUACUGUGUUGAACAAAGCCAAGAAAUUUAAUUUUUUUAUACAAAGUAUCUUUGACCAAGUCAGGACAAAAUCAUCGUUGCUACGCAGACGUGGAGCUCAUGGAUUCUAUCCGCAGAUGUUGCCAUCAUACGUGCAAGCUGUGAAAUAAAGAGAAACGAAAACUCAGAAGAGACAAGAAAAGUGGAUCCUUCCCAUCCAAUCCAUAUGAAUCAUGCUCUCUGAAAACUGAAUGUACCUCACUGCACAAAGAGUAAAUAAUAUAUUACCACGGGAAUGCGAUGGUCCCUGAAAAUUGACUCUUCAAGAUUUAAAGCAGUCCUAGGCAGACUGUAAAAGGGAGGAAGUAGGAUGUGAAAGAAAAGGAUCUCUGCUAGACAGGAAAUUGCAGAAUAGUCAAAGGAAAAUUAUUUUUCAGUCAGCAAAACAAAGGAUGACUGUGACAGUUUCAGAGUUAUGGGAAUGUCUCUCUCCCUGAUAGGCUUAGGGCUGAUAAUUUGCCACAUCUGAAAUAUACAUGACAUUUAAAAAGAUUUGAAAGCACCUUUUGAUGCGACGUUUGGAUAUACAGCUAUAUAUUUGUAUUAUGGAAUACACAGUAAUCCAUAUUUCAGAUAUUAAAUUUGACCAGAAAAAGGGGCAGCAAAUAUAAACUCUCAUAAAAAAGCUGGAUUCCCUUGACAAUCUUUAGCACUUAUCUUCUUAUAAAUCUAAAGCAAUUUGACAGAAAAGAGUGUAUUACAGGUCAGCUGUCUGGUCAGUCAUGUUUUUAUUGCAUACACGUAGGGAAAUGGAGGCACUAAAAGGUAAAAUAACCUGACCAAGACCUUCCUAGGAAGUGAAAGAGAACAGGACAGAAACGGUGUUCCCUCUCCUGCCUGGAGCAGCAGAGGCUGUGCCGUUGAAACUGAGCAUAGAUGCCAGAAUCUUUUUAUCUCCACUCCUGUCUUUGCAAUUGUUUGUUCUAGGAGCUCACAUGAGCUCCAUUUUACAGUGUGUAAAUUGGGAGUACCUAUAGCCUCCAUUGUAAAGCAUCGUGAAUCCUCUGAUCAAACAAGGUUUUGUGUAUCAAAGCAUGGUUAUUAACAGAAUUAGUCUUUCUUAGAGCAUCUCUCCAGAGACCCCUGUGGGGUUCACCUUUCAUUUACUGCAAAGCAUUGUAAUUCUGUUACCUUUUUUUAUUUUUAUUUUUUUUCCUCGUCUAAUUUUCGUUUUCUCUCUUUUUGGUAAU